AUGGCCCACACUAUUCUUCAUCUCCGAUCCGAAACCAAGCCCUUGGAACACAGGAGCGCCCUCACCCCCACCACUACUCGCAAGCUGGUCGAGGCCGGCUACGAAGUCAGAGUUGAAAGGAGCCCCGUUCGCAUCUUUGACGAUGCCGAGUUCGAAGCCGCUGGCGCAACCCUUGUGCCCGAAUACUCCUGGGAGUCAGCCCCAUCGGACGUGAUCAUCGUCGGUCUCAAGGAGCUUGAGGAGAAGGAGUUCCCUCUCAAGCACGUCCACGUCACAUUCCUCCACGUCUACAAGAACCAAGGUGGCUGGGAGAAGACACUCGGCCGUUUCCCCCGUGGCGGCGGCACUCUUCUCGACCUCGAGUUCUUGGCCAACGAGUCCGGUCGCAGAGUCGCAGCCUUCGGUUUCCACGCUGGUUUCUCUGGCGCUGCUCUUGCUCUCGAGAACUGGGCCUGGCAGCUCACCCACCCUGGCGAGCCCUUCCCUGCCGUCGAGGCGUACCCCAAUGAGGAUGCUCUCAUCGUCGAUGUCAAGAAGGCCUUGGACGAGGGUAUUGCCAAGGCUGGUCGCAAGCCCAGAGUCAUUGUGAUUGGUGCUCUUGGACGUUGCGGUUCCGGUGCCGUUGAGAUGGCCAAGAGAGCCGGUGUUGAGGAUAUCGUCCGCUGGGAUAUGGAGGAGACCAAGAACCCCGGCCCUUACAAGGAGAUCACGGAUGCCGACAUUUUCGUCAACUGCAUCUACCUCAGCCAACCUAUUCCCCCUUUCCUCAACCGCGAGUCUCUGCAGGUCCCCGGUAGAAACCUCAGCGUGAUUUGCGAUGUUUCUGCUGACACCACCAACCCCCACAACCCGAUCCCCGUCUACACCGUGGCUACCACCUUCGACAAGCCCACCGUCCCCGUCGAGGGACUGGAGAACCCUCCCCUGAGCGUCAUCUCCAUCGACCACCUUCCGUCUUUGUUGCCGAGGGAGUCUAGCGAGGCCUUCAGCAACGACCUGCUGCCUACCCUCCUGAACCUCAAGGACUGGCGCAACGAUUCCGUCUGGGCCCGCGCCGAGAAGCUCUUCCAGGACAAGGUCGCCCUGCUCCCUGCCGAGCUUCAGAAGAGAGAGGCCUAG